UUAAAAAUGCACCUGAUAGGACCUUACGUUCGUAUGUGACGCUAUGCAUGUCAUUUGUACAAUGCAUAUGUAUCGGACUCUGGUGAUAUCAGAAUGUGACACAAUGAAGGAUAUUCCACCUUAUAAAUUACACAGCUCUACCUUUUAGCUACAUUGUGGAAUGUUUCUACUUUGCGAUCGCAGCAGAGGUGCAGAAGUGCCGCUCCCUUCACUCGCCUCAGUCUGGGGCACAGGGACGGGUGUGCUGGGGCUAAGACUUCAUCGUCCAGAGCUCCGGGUGAAGUGUAUUUAUUAUCAGAUACAUCCAGGUGGGUAAUCAGAACCUGAGUGUGGCUGACAGUAAAUACCUCAAAUUGUAAGAGAAAUGGGCAGCUUCUGCCUUAAAAGUUAUCUGUUACUACGUUAGAGCGCGAUGUAAUAACUCUUCAUGACAAUCUCUAUAAACUUGCUUUGCGAAGCAUAAACCAGAUAAAAAGAGGGUAAGUUGUAAUUGUCGCGGACUCGAAGUAUGUACUUUGAAUCGAUUUAUUAUUAAGGCUUUUUAGACGCCGAUCUCCAAACUGUGUAACUUUGUCUUUAACUUCGCCCAACACCGGCAGGCAGUGAUGGCCGCAGACGGGACGGCCGCGGUCCUGGCCUGGUCCGGCCGAGUCGCCCUGUUGCUGCUGGCCUCUCAGCGCGCCUCCUGCCAGACGACCGGCGGCCCCGUGAAUGCCGCCAUCAUGAAGAUGCGUGUGUUCGAGCCAGCGGUGCACUCGCAGCUGCCUUCUUCUAUGGUUCUGGCCGAGUUCACCGCCGCCUCGGAGUGCGCCUGCCAGCAGGCUUGCCUCGCCAGACACGACUGCCUCAGCGUCAGCAUCACCAAGGAGGCUGUUGAUCCUGAAAACAGCGUCAUUAAGCUGGCAUCAAACAUCGAUGACGAUGGCGACAGGACCCCAUCUGAGCAGAUCACCUCUAGCCCUAUUACUUGUCGUCUGGGCCGUCGGCGUGGUCACGCGGAGCUGAACCUGCCGUCCAUCUCCAGUGUGUUCUGGGAGCGCAUGGGCCGCAGCCACCUGGGCGACUUCUGCUCACACUUCUCCGAGUGCGUCACCGCCGGCGCCGUCUGCCACGACAACACGUGCGUGUGCGCGGCCGGGCUGCGUGCCGACGGCAGCUGCCACUGUCUGGAGAGAGCCGCCGGCGAGCCGUGCUGGUUUCAGACGUGCGACCAGGUGCGCUCGGCCGGUGUCCAAGACAGCGGCGUCUGUCUACUGCGACACCUCACCGAGGAUGAUGGUCACCGGGAGUUUUGGGCGCGCUGCGAAAUGGCCGAGGACGGCCACGGCUGGACGGUGAUCCAGGCGAGAGAUCUGGCCAUCCAGAACGGCGGUAACUUCAACCGCUCCUGGAACGAGUACCUGAGGACGUUCGGCAGCGUCUCCGACAACCACUGGCUCGGACUGCGCAACAUCCGCAAGAUCAUACAGCUGGGCGGCGGUGAGCAGGCGCUGCGCAUCGCCCUGCAGGACGAGAGCGGCGCCUGGGACUACGCCGUGUACGACACCUUCCGGCUGGCCCCCGAGGAGCAGGGCUUCACCCUGACCGUGGACGGCUACCAGUCGUCCCUGGGCGGUCUCGGCGCCGCCAUGAGCGCCACGCACUAUGAGUGCAAGUUUUCCACUUACGACAAGGACCAGGACUCGACGGAGAAGAACUGUGCCCUGCUGCUCGGCGGUGGCUGGUGGUACCUCCGGUGCAGGGGCGUCAGUCUGAACGGCACCCCGAACGAGUCGAGGCUGUACCGGCCCAGAGCCAUGUACUGGCCCGACUGGGGAGAAAAGAAGAUCGUCAAGUCGCUGAUGAUGAUCCGUACGGCCAAGGAUUAGUAACGAAGGAAGGAUGUGCUUUGCUCACACGCUUUAGGUAUACUGAUGUUUAAAAAUGUUAAGUCACUCUGAAUCCCGCUUUGAAAUUGACAUCCUUUUCGUGUCAAGAUCAAACAGCAGUUUGUGUGGCAACUAGAGGGAGCAUAUUCCCGUGUCUGUGUGACCCUGUCUUGUUCUCUGUCUCACUUCCUCUCUUUUUCUUCUGCCUCCCUCUCCGAUCUUCACUCAUCACGCAAAGUGGUUGAUGGUACCUAAUUGACAGUUAUCACCAUGGUACUGUGUCACAAAAUCACGUCGCAUCGAGUAUCUUUUUAAAACUAAUAAUUUCAACGAAUACGUAUUGUGUUUCCUCUUUUUUAUAUUCUUCGUGUUGUUUUAGGACUUAAUGUUUUUGAAUUUUUACAUUCGAAGUGUAUUGUAAAACACAUAUUUAUUAACUGUACGUAAGUAAAAACGACUGUCAACUACAUAGGUGGUGCGUGAAGUUGUUAAAGUUAUACUGAGUAGGCAUGCUUUUUAAUAGAAUUAAAUAUAUGCUAUUCUUUCUGAA